AUGUAUUUCUUCAGUAUAUUUUUGGUGAUAUUUUGUACAUCUGGAACAACUCAUGUUAGCACAUUAUCGUCAGAAGAUGAAUUGGAUUGGUGGCAGAAAUCUGUCAUCUAUCAGAUUUAUCCCAGGUCCUUCAAGGAUAGUGAUUCCAACGGAAUUGGUGACUUGAAAGGGAUUGAGGAAAAAGCAGAAUACUUCAAAGAUUUAGGUGUGGGUGCAAUAUGGCUAUCUCCAAUAUUUAAAUCGCCAAUGGUGGAUAUGGGAUUUGAUGUUUCAGAUUUCAAAUCAAUAGAUCCUGUUUUUGGAACGAUGGCUGAUUUUGAAUCAUUGCGGGACAAAUUGCAUUCUUUUGGAAUAAAAUUGAUUCUGGAUUUCGUACCAAAUCACAGCAGUGACGAACACAACUGGUUCAUCAAAUCAGUGCAGAGAAUUGAACCAUAUACAGAUUACUACGUUUGGCAAGAUCCAAAAGCUUGGAUUAAUGAAACUACACCUGUUCCUCCAAGCAACUGGGUACAGUAA